UUUUUACUAUUUGAAAAAUUUCAAAAAAGCAACAAUCAUCUAUGCUAACGCGAGUGGGCAGUGCAAUGUUGCGGCAUUGAAGGCGGACAGCUAUACAAUGACAGCGAACUAGUAAAAAAAGGAAGAAGAAAAAAGAAAGCGUUGAAUAAAUAAAAAUAAAUAAUACGACGCGGCAUAUUGGCUGUUGUAAUAAGAAUAGAAUAAUAGGAAAAUCGCGUUGCGUGCGUGGGCGUCUAUACAAUUUUUUUUUUGCUCUACAAGCGCUUCAAGUGGGUUGGCUGUGGUCACAACGGCGGAGAGCAUGCACUUGCUGUUGCAAAAAAUUGCAAAAAUAAGCAUAAUUCGCAAUGCAACUUGCUGUGUGGCAAGCUGCGCGGUCACUACAACUCAAGCUAGAGUCUAUAUAGCGAUGGCUAUAUGCCGUUAUAACCGUUAUUGACGCCGUUAUCUAUAGAAAGUAUACCUCCCACCAACACAAACUGCCUUGUUAUGGCUACUCACGCUAAAUUAAAUAUGUCUGCCUCAAAUUAGACUCCAUACACUUGUCUAUAAUAAGUACACACGCCUAAAUGUAUGCUAAUAAGUUUUUUGUUUCAUAGUUUGCCUAAGGAUUUAAUGAGAGAGCAGGCAGUGGCGGCUUAAACGCCAACUUUUCAUGGAGACUUUAUGACGCCCAACAAUUUUUGCCGUUAUACAGCUUCUCUAAAUAUUUUCGCGAUUUUCGCGUCAAUACAAUUGUUUGUUUUUGUUUUUGUCUGCCAUGUAAAUAGCCCUAAACGCUCGCUGCCUACUCAACUUAAUAAGAAAAUUUGCAAAGAACUCAGUAAAAAGCUUAAAAAGAAAACGAAAUUUUUCUUUACAAAGCAAAGUAAGGGUCGUAGUAAACGUCGCUUAAUGGUUGCUGUUGUUGUAACGCACUUAAACUUUUUCACUCGACGCGCAUAGUAAAAAGGAAAUUGAACAGUAGUGUGCUCGAUACGCUGAAAGCAAGCUGCAAAGAACUUAUACAAAAAAGAAAGAAAAAAAAUAAAAAAGAAAUUAUAAAAGAAUAACAACAAUAAACACACUGAACUUUGUAAUAUAAACGCAACGCCAUAAAUAAAAAGGAAAGAAAAGAAAAAAUAACGAACUUUGUCUACGUCUGUGUUUGGACUUGGACUUGGUCUCGAUGUUACAGCGUAAACGACGAGCAGCGUAGCAGUAGUGUGUGUAAGGCACGCACGCACACAUUAGCGAAACACACACACACUCCAUUUUCUACAUCACUUCGUGCCUGUGCAUCUGCCUAGUGGCUCAGCACCUGCCUCAGCCCCAAAGCGAGUCCUCCACCGCCGCGUCGGAUUGAGCUUCAGACAGAAACAGUAACAGCAUUAGCGGCGUCAACCGUUACAUCCCGCCGCGCGCACGCCGCCGCCGCUCUACAUAACUCAAUCCAACCUUUGCGGCGUCAGCCAACAUCAAACGGUCGCGCGCUCAGUCUUCAUUAUACUACAAAGAAGAAGAGAGUUGUGCACUCGAGUGUGUGUGUGCGUAUUACAGGCGGCUGAGCGCUGUUGGAGUACUGUUUGCUGCUGCUGCUGCUGCCUUCACCCCAAAAUCUGUUAUUGAUUUUGGAUUCAAACACACACGGCCAACGUCGCUAACGUCCUCAUCGUCGUGUGUUGUUGUUGUUGUAGCUAACUGCUAACGAGAGAGGCAGCCGCUGCCAUACACAGCAAAAAGCAAACGCAUACAGUGUUUGUUGCAACGAGCAACAACAACAAGAAAGUGUGCGAGCGAGCGGAGCCGGGGAGUCGGGAUUCAAAGUUGUUGGAGACGAAGCGUAGCGAAGUUUAGUGAGCGCACGUCCGCCCACCCGCUUAGCCAGUGAGACAGCGCGUCAGUCAGUCAGUCAGCCAAGCAGCCGUGAAGAUGCUAGCAAUAUUGUUGUUGUUGCAAACACGCAUGCUUACAAAAUUUAUUUAUACGAAAUAAAAUAAAAAUAAAAAACCAAAUAAACUUAAAUUAAAUAAAUCAAUAAACUGUUGAAAUUAAAAAUAAAAAUAAAAAAGAAACAUUUCUAAUGGGAAUAAAAUAAAAUGCAGAACUCUAAAUAAACCAAAACAAAACUUAAAGAAAAUGUUUUAAACAACAAAUGGUAUUAAAACAAAAACUAGCGCACAAAACCAAUAUCAAUUACUAAACUAAAUUCAACAACAAACACAUACAAUAAGCACAUAACAUGUACAUUGUUGUUGUACGGUGAUAAAAAAAGAAGUCUACACUCGUAAAAUUAACCAAAUAACACACAUUCCCAAAGCUAUAUGUGGGAAACGUAAGAUGCGUUGCGUACAAAUCCGCUGAAGGACAAACAAACAAUUUGUAUAAGUAAAGUACAGUAAAGUAAAGUAAAGUAAAGUGUGCCAAAAUCGAUUUAUACCCAGUACUCGCUUCUCGGUUUGUGUAGAUUAUAUACAUUCGUAUUCAUGAAUGCCGUUCAUUUGGAACCGUUAGUGCUCCUUUCAAUUGUUGUAUUAUUAGGCGUAGUUAUUGUUGUUAUUGAUUAAUAUAUACUAUACAUAAGUAUAUACACUUAGUUAAGAUAACUGAAUACCAAAAGAAAAUCAAGAAAACCAGAAAACAUAAAUUUAUAUACAUACAAACACCCAAAACACAUACUCGUUCACGUACACCACGUUUAAGAUUAGCGCCCAAUAAUAAGCAAACGCAAACGCCUCAACGCGAGAUUGAACGAGAGUGAGAAAGACGACGUCAUCGAGGACAAACGCAAAGCCUGGGCUGACAGCACGGCAUCAGCGAGCGCUGAUUUCAAGCGUAAAAAGUGGGUUGAUUCGUGUGCGAAAUUGAGUGUUGAAUGCUAAAGCUCGGAAGCGCGCACUGGCUGGCUUCCUGUGAUACGCGGUCACAUACAUACAUAUAUGGGCUUGGAAAUCAUAUAUAUGUAUAAUAUAUAAGGCGAAAGAAAAACAGCUAAAGUAAAAUAAAAACAAGUCAUACGAAAAGAGGAUUACGCUAAUCCAUUGGUGAUGAUGUUGACGUGUACAACGCCUAUACGGAGCAACAGUGUAACCGCCCACGAGCAGCAGUCAACCUUUCUGGCGCAAAAACCUACAUCAGAGGAACAGCAACAGCAACAGCAACACCAAAAACAACAACAGCGCUAUCAUCAUCAGCAGCAACAGUUUACUUCGCAGCAAUAGCAACAAGAGUUCGAUCAGCUAACGGUUGAACGCGCGGAGCUCGUCUCACACACCAUACACACAGCGUCAAGUGGGAAGUUGGACGCAAUCGUUUAGCAGUUAGUCGAAUUGACAGUUGAUAGGUCGUUGACAAAGCCAACUUACGAGGUUCGACGGUCGGUGAUUACGAGCAACGAACCAAGUGUAACGUAACGUCGCAAGAAGACACUACCCAGCACAGAGUGGAAUUGUGGCUGUGAGGCUUGAUAGUGUGCUGGAAAAACAACAAACGACGGACGUGACGUGACGCGCCGUCAUUAUUAGGACAUCGGAACGUGUGUGCGAGUGUGUACUGUGCUGCGCGUACGUACGAACAAUUUACGCCGGUUGGGCACUAAAUAAACAUUUACUCGAGGCAAUCAUCUCCACCGCCACCGCACAACAGACUACAAUGCUCUGGUAGCCAAGAUAGUUUUGCCGUGGAUCACUAUUGCGGCGGCGGCAGCAGCAGCGCAGGUGAUACGCCACACGCAGUGAAUAGUGUACUUGGUAGUGUAGUAGUUGGUGCGGCUGGGAUUAGUGGCACAGGCGGCAGUGGUGUUAGCGGAGUCGGCGGUGUUUGCAGCCAAUGCUCAUCAACGGCAGUAGCGGCGUCGGCAGCAGCUGCGGCUGUAGCGGCUGCAGCGGGGACAACAUCGUGCGGUGGCGGCGGCGGUGGCAGCGGCGGCGGUGUCCACAACCACAACAGCAGCGGAACGGCGGUCGGUAUCAGCGGUGCGAACACAGUUGGUGCUUGCUAUUGCAGCGGCACGAUGUGUCAUCAUGGAUCCGGUGGCAUGCCAAUGGGUGUGCCACCACCACCACAACCGCCACAUGCGAUGAUGUCCGGUGGCGGCGGCGUCGGUGGCAUCGGCGGCGAUAUGCGCAAUCCAUUGCACAGCAGCAGCAGUCUGCUGGGCUCACACAUGUCGCUUGGCGGAAUGAGCGUAGGCGGCGGUGGCGGUGGUCUCUACGGUUGUGAUACGACGAUCAUGUCAGGUGGUCCCAGUCAUUGUCGCAGUCUAAGCGGUUUGAGUAGUCUGAGUAUCGGACCGCCAGCACCACCAGUGCCGCCUCCACCCCUCUUCAAUCCUUGUAGUUCAAAUAGUUUUAAUUCGAUACAAUCGAUGCAGGGGCCAAGCUCCUCACGCUGGGGACCGCGUACAUCAUGCCCGAUACACAGCCCGUUUCGAGUGCGGGCGCCCAACGGUUCAAUAUGCUCUGGACAUCAGGCUCUGCUACACACUCACGAUGUUGUCGCUCGAGACGUUUACGGUGAGGAGGCACUGCGCGUCACACCACCACCCAUGGUACCGUACAUUAAUGGCGACGAAAUCGAUAAUGUGGACAAUGGCGAGUUGCAGCAUGUAACCAGAGUACGUUUAGUGCAAUUCCAGAAGAACACCGAUGAACCGAUGGGCAUAACGUUAAAAAUGACCGAAGAUGGACGUUGUAUUGUAGCUAGAAUAAUGCAUGGUGGCAUGAUACACCGUCAGGCAACGCUGCAUGUUGGCGACGAGAUACGCGAAAUUAAUGGUCAGCCUGUACAACAUCAAUCUGUGGGCCAAUUACAACGCAUGCUGCGUGAAGCGCGUGGUUCGGUUACCUUUAAAAUAGUUCCUUCUUAUAGAAGUGCUCCACCACCCUGUGAGCUUUUCAGGAUAAGACCAACUCCAGUACUUAUAUUUGUGCGUGCACAAUUCGAUUAUAAUCCUUUAGAUGAUGAGCUUAUACCAUGUGCACAGGCAGGCAUCGCAUUCCAAGUCGGUGAUAUUUUACAGAUUAUAAGCAAAGACGACCAUCACUGGUGGCAAGCACGCUUGGAUACAGUCGGCGGUUCGGCCGGUUUGAUACCAUCGCCGGAGCUGCAGGAAUGGCGUAUUGCUUGUAAUGUUGCGGAUAAGACCAAACAGGAACAAGUAAAUUGUUCGAUCUUUGGGCGUAAGAAGAAGCAAUGUCGCGACAAAUACUUAGCUAAACACAAUGCCAUAUUUGACAACUUGGAUGUGGUGACAUAUGAAGAGGUUGUAAAAGUGCCAGUCGGUGAUCCAAACUUUCAACGGAAAACGUUGGUUUUGCUUGGUGCGCAUGGUGUGGGUCGCCGUCACAUUAAGAAUACACUAAUCUCCAAGUAUCCCGAUAAAUAUGCAUACCCCAUACCACAUACAACGAGACCUGCAAAACCGGAGGAGGAGAAUGGACGCAGCUAUUACUUUGUAUCGCACGACGAAAUGAUGGCCGACAUUGCUGCGAAUGAGUAUUUGGAGUAUGGUACUCAUGAGGAUGCCAUGUACGGCACCAAAUUGGACACCAUACGCCGCAUACACACCGAAGGCAAAAUGGCCAUAUUGGACGUUGAGCCACAGGCGUUGAAAAUUUUGCGUACCGCAGAAUUUACACCCUAUGUUGUGUUCAUUGCGGCGCCAUCAUUACAAAAUAUCGCCGAUUACGAUGGCAGUUUGGAGCGUUUGGCCAAAGAGUCCGAUAUGUUACGUCAAUUGUACGGGCACUUUUUCGAUUUGACAAUCGUUAACAACGACAUAAGCGAGACAAUUGCCACGCUGGAAGCGGCCAUCGAGCGUGUACACACCACAUCACAAUGGGUGCCAGUUUCCUGGUUGUACUGACAAGACAGUGAGCUUGAGUGUCCCGACUGCUUAGAGGGUUGCGACUGUGAAUGGGAAGCAUACGCAGCCGGUGCCCAACAACCAAAUACGGGCAUCUUUUGAACGACUACUACAACACAGCAGAAGCGCAGAAAAUCUAUAACAGCACCGUUAAAUCAACAUCACUUGGCAUGAACAUUAGAAAAAAAUAUAUACACACGCGUAUACCGAGUAAUGCAGAAUUAAAAAUAAGUAAUAAUGAAAGACGUUUAAGUCAAAUAGCAAAUGGAAAAGUGAAUGAGAAAAACAAAAAAAACAUAAAGACAUAUUUACUUGCAGCAGUGCACAAAGUGACACAAGCAAAAAUAUACACACGAAACGACACAAACAAACACUAGUUCGUAGUAAAAUUUAUAAAUGAAAAUUUCGGGUGCAGCAUUAUAAAACAA